CAUUUUUUAUAUAUCAACCUCCUCUCAACUCUUUAAUCUUUAACCCAACAAAUAUUGAAAAUGAUAUUCAAAUAUUUUAUUAGAAUUCAACGACUUUAUAGUGCUUUCAACGCAUCCAGACUAGAAAAAUAAUUAGUGGAUUCAGGCGAUCAAAUCGUUUGUUAGAAAAAGAAGCAAAUAUGCAUGUCAUAAGAAUAAACUGAACACUAACUUCUCCAGCAAAAGUUACACACCCUCUUCUCCUCAUGAACUAGACGCUGUCUACCUAAACAUUUGAGAAUGGUGUUGUAAUGACUUAAUUUAUGUGUCAACACACGUAUUGCUGACGUUGCGACAAUUUAGUAUGCUAGCAGAGAUGUUAAAUGCAAAUGGACCAGGAUUCACGCACACCUUUUUUAGAUCUUCCAUUUUACUAAAACUUUCAUAAUUGUCACAAACAUGGUAAUGCAUAUGAUAGUCCAUAUAAACUUUACCCACCAAAUCAAUGCACGGCUACGUUUUUGGUUUUAGUCGGCUUAUUUCUUCCCAUUUUUCUGAUUAUGCUUUCCUCGUAGGGUCCCUUUGCUUCAUCUUUUUUUCUGGCGAAAAAAGUUAAACCGGAAUCUAUUAAAAUUACAGACCUAACUUCCGGGUGGAAGUAUAACCUACGGAUAGACCUUCGCUUCGAUAUUCAAAUGAGCCAAAAGCAAUAGUCUAUAUCCGUGUGGCCAGCGGGGUUCGAACCAGAGUUCGUUGUAUUGAGUUUAUUUCCUCAAACGCCACUGGACCUUUUGAUUCAUCUUUUCAAUUAAAUCUUACUUCGGAUAAAGAUCAAACGUCAUGAAAACGAUAGUGGCUUGAUUUGGAGAGGAAUAAGAAGAAUCUCUUAAUUGGGACUUUUCUAAUAUAGUGUAUGCUUAUGUGUCUGCAUUAAAUGUCAUGUGUACAAACAACAUGAUUUGACUAGUUCUUCUGGUUUAUAUUAUCUUUAUAGAGCUUUAAAAAAGCCGGGGUGAAGAGAGUCACUUGCAAAAAUACCCUAAUAUCUCCCUCACAGAAGCACGCCGCCAAGCUUACUAUCAGAUCCAGAAUCGGGGAUCUCCGGUGUUUGGCGUUCCUCGCCGGCACCGGAGAUGCUAUCUUGUCUUCGUUCAUAGUAUGGUUGUAGUUAUUGGUGGUACUUAGCUUACUCUCUGAUGGCAUCUCUUUCCCUCAGGUUCAUCUUGUUUGAGGAGCUAGGAGGUUUUGAGGUUUGUUGUUUGUUGUGUAGUGGAGGUCGUGUCUUUGGCGCCGGUGAAUUUCGUUGGAUGAAACCGGUUACGAUUUUCCCCAAAUCUGUGUCCUCAACUCUGUUUCUCACUAGAAAUUGAAUCUAAGGCAUCUUGGGUGGGUUUGAGUUUUUGUCCUCUGUCUUGAAUAAGUAACGGUGUAAGUGGUGGUGUAUUGGUGUUGUGUGGUGAGCAGAACAGGUCUAUCAUCUUUCAGAAGUUUCAGACUGUUGUCACCUCUCCGCCUUAGGAGUCCUUCUCCCGUCCUUUUAAUGAGUGUGUCUCCGGAUGGUCUUAUGUCUCUCUCAUUCCUCGGUGGCUUCUGUUCGGUGAAGCAAUAUAAAGGGGUUGAAGUUCUAAGCUUUCUGAUGAAGGUUCGGUUGAGGAGGGGGUCUUAGUCUCGAGUGUUUGUUUCUUCUCGAUUUGAUGUCUUGUGUUUGGCUCAGUGUUUCUGGCUUUGUACCGUGAACUGGAGGUUCAGGUAUGUUUCAUUGGUCUUUGCAUCGCUUACUAUCUCUUGUGCUUGUGUGGUUCUUGCCAAGAGUUCCGGCUGUUCAAUGAUUAGAUAACUCUCUUCUUUCUCUUUCUUAAGAUGGUUUAUGGGUUUAGAUGUAGGAGCGUAGCCUUGUCUAAUAAUCAUUGUAGUUGUUUAUGUGCUGCCUGUUGUUUGGGCUUUUGAUUCCCUCUUGUGGGCUAAGUUUCCGGGGAUUGUAAGGUGUUUCCGCCGGCUUUGGAUUUCACCCAUGUAUGUUUCUCAGUUUUAUCAAUCAAAUUCAGAUGGAAAAAAAAAAAGAAGAGAGUCACUUGUUAUUGGGUUGAUUAGUUAUGAAUAUUUUUUUUGUUUUAUAUUUGAUAGUAGUUAUAUAGGGACCUUUAGAUUUAUUUGUAUCUUUAAAAAAGUGUUGGAAAAUUUACAAAAAGUCUCUUGAAAUUAAAUGUCAAAAACACCAAACACCAAAAUAGUAUUAGUUUUCAUUAUAGCCCAAUCCAAAUACUAAUCAAUCAUAAUUAUUUUUAAAUUAUAAUUUAAUAUUUAUGCUAAAUCAGUGCAUAGAAAAAUAACAUGAUUAAUGUGGGUCUCUUAGGAUGAGAUUCUUAGCGUAAUAUAAAAACGUCACUUAGCUUUUAACUAAAAAAAACUAAGAAACGUCUCUUAAAACACAUUUAAUGGGGGGUUCUUAGGGUGAGGUUCUUAGAGCAUAUUUAAAUAUUAAGAACCGGUUCUUAGUUUUUUAGUUAAAAAUUAAGAGAUGGAUUUUUAUAUCCCGAUAAGAAUUUCACCCUAAGAACCUCCAUUAAACAUGCUCUUAUAUCUCUUAUUUAAAAUACGUUUAUUAGUUUUCUUAGUUAAAAGCUAAAAGACAUUUCUUAUAUUACGAUAAGAACCCCACCUUUAGAAAUCCGCAUUGAUGCUCUAACAUUUUCUGAUAAAAAUUCAGUAAAAUAUAGUUGAAUUAUUUUCUUAAAUUUAUAAAAAUAUUUCCACUAAUUUCAGAAUUGGUAUGGCCUAAUUAAUAGAGAGAAGAAAAUGAGAGAAUUACGGAAUUAUCUCUUCUGCAAAACAAAUCUCUUAUGAUAUCUUUUGCCUCUUUGGCACCGGGUCUUACCCGUGGUUGUGAGAAGAUUCGUUUUCUUCUCCUUUUUCUUGCUUCCACGUGUUGUUUUUAGUCAAUCUUGAGCUUCAAAAGUUGGUCUUCUAACAUCUGAAGCGUUGGUUGGUAAUAUACGGUGGUCCUGAAGGUGCGAUUGUUCAGGCUUCACGACUUAGAAUUAAGGGGACAGAUUCGAGUUGUGUUCCCCUAAAUCUUCGUCGUUCCCUUCUUCUGCAGAUCUACGGUUGCUCGAGCGUUUCCAGUCUAACAGUGUGGCGAAGGAGAUCUCUCUUUGAUAAUGAUAAGGCGCGACGUAGGGAUCGUGUUUGCGGAUUAAUUCUCUUUUCAGCUUGCAGCUUGCUUUGAGGACCGCGGUGGAGCUCGGGUUAAGGUUCAUCGGUGGUGCUGGAGGUGAGUUGGUUAUGGGGUGUGGUGUCGGCUUAUAUACUCAUCGGCAAAGCUGGUCCAAUCUGUUAACUCCUCCCAUUUUGACACUUCUUUUCUUUCUCGUGUUUUCAUGGAUUCAGUUGUCUUUCCGUCUUUAUAGUGGUUUCGUUUCGUCUUGUUGGCUUGCCUUUUAGGUUUUCCAGCUAGUGAUGGUAUUAUCUUGCGUAUCUCCUCUUUGGUGUUGGCUUGUCAGUGGCGGUUUAUUCAUUUUGUCCCUUUGUUUAUCAAAUUAGGAUUAAGACUAUCCCGGUUUGGGUGAACCGGACUGUACUUUAGUUUGUUUUUUUUUUUUUUUUUAAGAAAAUGUUUUCCAACUAUCAAUUUUUGUAAAACAAAAUAUCAAAAUAUUGUAAUAUGAAAACCUUUUUUUUUUUAAAGGUAUAGCUUAAAGGCAGGGCCGGCUUAGAUAGAGGACGAGUGGUGCGACCGCUCCGGACCCAAUCCAUUGUCUCCUAUUUCUUAAUAGAUAAGGAUCUGAUUUUUUUUUAAAUACAUGUAUUUUUAUAUUAAAAAUAAGAGAAGGGGUCCAAAUUUUUUUAUAUGAAAGUAUGUUUUUAUUUCUAUAGAUUUAUUUUAAAAAUACUUCUCGUAUUUUGAAAAAAAAAUAUAUCUAUCAGAUUUUUUAAAGAAAAAUAAUAGUUUGGAAAUUAAUUUUUAUUUUGUCCGAGGGCCUAUGACACUAUUGAGUCGGCCAUGCUUAAAGGAAUAUAUUUAAUCCAUCUAAUAAAAUAUUUUUCUGCACCUUCACUUCAUGUAUUUUCCGCUUAUUUUUUUGCUUAAGUUUAUACUCCUUCUGUUUUUGAAAGUAGGAUUUUCUAGAUUUAUUUUGUGUUCCAAAAUGAUAGAUUUUUUAAAAUUUUAAAGUAUUUUAGUAGUUAAUGUUGAAAAAUUAUAUAUUUUUAAGAAACAUUUUUUUUUACGUCAAGAAACAUUUAUUGAAAUAUUUGAAUUGGUUGAAUACUAUUGGUUGAUAUUUAUUGGAAAAUGUAUAGUAAAAUAAAUAAUAAAUUUAAUUGUAAAAGAUUAAUUGUUUCCUUAAUAUGUGUGAAUCUUCUAGAAAAUCUUUCUUUUGAGAAUAGAGGGAGUAUAAUUUAAUCAAAUACAAUUUACUUCAAAAAAAAAUAAAAUAAGAUGAGGCCCAAAGUAUAAAUAUAUACACGAUAGCGGAUAGAAAAAAAAAACUCAUUACAGAUUGCUUUCCAAGAAUCGCUCAAGUCACAUACGAUACUCAACUAAGACAAGUCUUCUUGCUCAUCGCCGCUUUUAGUCUUCGAAUUCCCGUAAGCAUACCUUCUUCUUCCUCUUCGGUUUUGUCGUGUUUCGCUGGAUUAGGUUAAAUUAGGUCACGACAGAUGAUCGAGUUUUUUUCUGGUUCGUUUCUUUUUCAAAUCGUUUCUCGAUUGAUUUCCGCUUUUCUAAGGAUGAUAAAACCUCUCAAAAUUACAUGAAAUUCUCGUUUAGAGAUUAAAUUUACAUGUUUCUUCCAAACUGACGAUAUAUAAGUUCUUUAUUGUUGAGAGUAAAUAACACCAACACCGUUUGAUUAGGGUUUUGAUUAGUUUCACAAAAAAAAAAAACAGCAAUUAUCGAUCAAGAUGAUGUGAGAAUUCUAAUUAAGAGUAUUUUAAUUACGGUUUUUGAUUAGGUUUACGCAUUAGUUUAUGUUUCUCUGAAGGAUUCUCAUGAUUAAGAGUAAUCUUUUAAACGAGAAGGUGCUAAUAGUUUUUAGAUAUUAGAGAGAUCCAAUGUGUUAUCUAAUCUGUUUUGAUGAACAACAGUCUCUUGAUUUAUUUGGGUGAUUGGAUUAGGUCAAAUUCACAUCAUGGGCGGAGGAAGAGUGCAACCGAAGAAUCAAAUGUUCAGUUUUGCGAAACAAUACAUCGCUCGUGUGAAGGAAGCAUUAAAAGAUGAACCUGAAAAAUAUCAAGUGUUUGUCGAUAUGUUAAAGUAUUUCACAAAUCAUCGGAGGUAUGAUGAUGAAGCUACUAUCUUAGCAACGGUGGAUGACCUCUUAAAAGAUCACCCUGAUCUGCGUCUUGAUUUUAAUAACUUCCUUUCUCCCGAGGCUGAGAGCAUCAUCACCCCUCCCGAGGCUAAGAGCAUCAUCCCUCCCACGGCUGAGAGCAUCAUCAUCCCUCCCGAGGCUGAGAGAACCAUCCCUCCCAAAGCUGAAGAAACCAUCACUCCCGAAGCUGAGAGAACCAUCCCUGAUGAGGCUGAGAGAACCAUCAUCACUCCCGAUGCUAACAAACAGUUAAGCAAAUAUCAAACCAUGGUUGAUAGAAGAGUAUCGCGGGAGCUAACCUUAGAUGACGAUGCGCAUCCAUACAUUGCUUCUGUGAAAAAAGCAUUUUGUGAUGAACCUGGAAAAUAUAAGGAGUUUCUACAGAUCUUGCAUGCUUAUUCUCAUCUCGGGAAGGAUGUCCCUAGUACCACUGCAAGGAUGAGGGAACUCAUGAAAGAGCACAAGAAGCUGUUUCGUGGUUUCAGAGUCUUCCUUCCGGAUCAUGCUAAGACAACCAUCAUUCUCAAGGUUAAGAGCACCAUCCCUCCUCCCGAGGCUGAGCAUCAUGGUACUGCUCAGUCUAAUAGUAAGAAAAGAAAACGUGUGGAGUUUGAUGAUACGAGUUUUGUCGACAAGCUUAAGAUAAGAUUUCGGAGCCUUGAUACUCAUGUAGUUGAGUCCUUCCGAAAGACGAUGAAAAAAUAUGAAGAGGGAAAGAAGUCGAAAAGGAAGGUGUACAACAAGGUCCUGAAUCUUCUCUACUAUCAUGAAGACUUGACCGAGGACUUUACCAGAUACUUCAAACGACAAAAAAUCCUUAAGGAAUAGCAUCAUCAACAUCUCGUAAAGAUACUAAACAACAUGACUUAUACCGUUGCUUCUAAAAUGACGUUUGGUGCAGAAAGUAGAUCAUAAUAUUAAAUGUGAAGAACACUAACGAGAAGAGCUUUGUAUAGUUUCUUUUCUAAAAAGUGUAGAGUUUAGUUCAGCUCUUCUGACGAGCACAUAACUUCUUGUUACAUUAUGAAUAUUUUAUACUCAAAGGUGUUUGAUUU